CCCUGUCCCAACAUUAUAUAGCUAGAGAAUAGAGACGUAAAUUCCAUAUGAAUCAUUUACUUGCUUUGCCCAAAUAUCCCCCCAAAGCCACAAUGAGCAGCAGCAAUAUGGCUGAUGAUGAAAAUCGUCCCACAGCGGAUUUCCAUCCCUCGCCAUGGGGAGACUUCUUCGCCACCCACAACUUCGCAAGUGAUCAUGUGUUGAAGGAGUGGAAGGAAGGAAUUGAAGUGCUGAAACCUUAUGUAGUGAGGAUGUUGUCAGCCACUGCUGGUGAAGACGCAGCAGACAAAUUUGCGUUGUUAGAAAGGCUGAAACUAGUCGACGUGGUUGAGCGGCUAGGCAUUGGUUACCUUUUCGAGGGAGAAAUGCAACAAAUCCUCCAACAAGUGUAUGAAACACACGACUCAACUGAUGACCUAAACAAUGAUAAUAUGAACCUCCAUGAUGUUGCCCUUCGUUUCAGGCUUCUCAGAGAACAUGGCUAUGAUGUCUCCAGUGACAUAUUCAAUGAGUUCAAGACAGAGAAAGGCGAGUUCAAGGAAGAAUUGGCGAGCGAUGUUGAAGGCAUACUAAGUUUGUAUGAAGCCUCAUAUUUGCGGAAGCAAGGAGAGAGCGUAUUAGACGAAGCAAUCCACUUCACGAAAUCACACCUAGAAGCUAAGGUUGUUGAUGUGGAGUCCCUUUUGAGUGAGAGAUUGGCUCAUGCCUUAGAAAGACCUUUGCGCAAAGGCAUGGAAAUACUCGAGCAUCUCUUUUUCAUCUCGAUUUACGAACGAAUGUCGGGUCACCAUGCAACGCUGCUGAGGCUAGCCAAAUUGAGCUUCAACGUUCUGCAAUACAUGUACCAAGGCGAGCUAAGAGCUCUCACUGAGUACUGGAUAGAUUUGGAUUUCGCUAGGAGGCUUCACUAUGGGAGAGAUAAGCUAGUGGAGGCUUACAUAUGGGGAGUUGGAAGUUUGUGGGAGCCAAAAUUUGCAUUGGCUAGAACAAGCAUUACCAAAAUUGCCGCACUUGGAACAUUUCUGGACGACACAACCGCCAUUGAAAGGUGUAUAUUUACUUUGUCAUAUUUCUUGAUGGAGAAUAGGUGGGAUCCAGGCAUGGAAAAAUUGAAUGCAAAAAUGAGAUUCCUUUUCGAGGCGAUUGCUGCUUUCUACGAUGAAAUUGACACAAUCACUUCAAAAGAAGGACGACCAUAUUGUUCAGAAUAUGGGAAAAUGGCGCUUAGAUAUGUUGUGAGGUUAUACCUGACAGAAGUGAGAGGCCGUGGGAAAGCCAAACUACAAACCUUUGAGGAAUAUCGGAAAGUUUCUUCGCAAAGCACUUGUUACGUUUGGAUGGUAUGUGCGGCACUCUUCGGAUACGGUGAGCUGGCUCCAAAAAAUGUUUUCGAUUGGCUGUUCACAGAACCCAAAAUUUUACUAGCUUCCUCGGAUCAUUGUCGUCUUAUGGAUGACAUCGUAACCCACCAGUUUGAGCGAGAGAGGGGACACAUCGCUUCAUCAGUAGAAUGUUACAUGAUGCAAUAUGGUGUGUCGAGAGAGGAAGCCGUGAAUGCGUUGAAGGAAAUGGUGGAGGAGGACUGGAAGAUCGUAAACCAGGAAUUGCUUCAUCCAUCACCCUCUCACAAGGAAGUUCUUUCAAUGUUUCUCGGCUUUGAAAAAGUGAUGGACGUUCUCUACAAAUACUCGGAUGCCUACACAAACUCUACCGAUGGCACCAAGGAUAUGCUCACUGCUUUGCUUGUCACUCCCCUUCCUAUUUCAUCAUAG